AUGACAGACAUGUCAGUGUCUAAAUCUAGUGUUACACCUCCAACCAAACUUCAACUAGCCCUAGCAUUGGCUGUUGUGAAGGGAAAGCCACCAGGCCAAGGCGUUAAAGAAUACAUUUUGCAGAUUCGACAGUUCAUCAAAAAGAAAGAUUUGGGCCAAGUUGGUGCCACAGACAAGUUCUUCGACAGCGUCUCCUUCUGGCAACAAGCAUACGAACGAUCUGAGGCAGGACAGAGCAGGUUACAAGAUCAAGUCCACGAGCUUAACCAGCGUAUUGAGGGCCUUGUUGCAAAACUGCGUGUCAGAGCCACUGCAAAUGACAAUGAAACCUUGCCGGCAAACAAACGCAAGGCGCCUGCUGUUGGCAAGAAUGGGAAUAGCUCGAACAUGGCAAGAAAACGCACCAAGCUACCUAAAAGUAUGCAGAAAAGCAUCCCAUUGGUGGAUGAUUCAGAUGAUUCAGGAGAAGAAGAUGUUUUGUGCCUCAACAGACAGCUGCAUAUCGCGCAAAAGGCCUUGCAAAGAAAAACAACUAGCAGCUCCGAGGCCAAUUCUCUGGCUGUGGAUGUAGUCAUCCUCUGCAAAUCUGCAGAGCAGAGACUGAUUCGAACUAUCCAGAACGAGAGCAAUAUGACGGAGCAGAAAUCCCAAACGGAGCAGGCCAAUAUGCCGAAGAUAGAAGCUGUUAUGAAUGCUGUGACAAUUGCUUUUCAUCUCACACACAAAGCAUUGCACAAAAUAGCUGGGGCUGAUAAUUGCACACAACACCAAUCUCAGGUCAUCUACUACCUAGUAGGUCUGUUCGAAUCAACCAUGACAGCACUCACUCUGUAUUGUACUGCAAUGUCCAAGCAAAAACAAGUCACUAGAAACAGCAAAUCGGGCGGAGGCCGAAAGUCUGUCACGCAACCUGAUGCACAAAACAAACGUACAAAAGAGAAGAGCUCAUCUAUCAAGAAUGAGGUAUCCUCUCGCCUCGCGGACCUCCUCUGCACGAUGGCACUCUCCCUCAAUCUAGCUCGCGCCGAAGACCAAGAAGUAAUGGAAGGGUUUCUCUUCCUUGUCAUCAAUCGCAUGGGCAAAAUGCUAGCUCUCCACGUUUUCCAUGAUCUGCGACUGCCAAUGGGGAUCUGCCCUGGGAUGACAUUCCCAGAAGGGCUUGAAGCAAUGACUGACGAGGGUCUUAUGCCAAAGGAGGCACAACUCGAAGCGAAGUAUCUCGUUCGGCUUCUUGACAGAAUGCUUAAUGCCGAAUCCCUUCAAUCGCCCCUCGAGACAUCACCUGCUCGUCAAUUUAUUGCAAACUCGAAAGAUCGUCUGCAAAAGACUCUCCUCCGGGCUGUGUUUGGAAGCGAUGAUCGUCUGUUUCGGGAAGAUCUGCGACGUCCGCAUACUCCGCCUCCUCAGGUACUUGAUGGCGAACAGACGGAUCAGGAUAAGUUUGCGGAUUGGCUUACUCAGGAACUGUGGCGACUUGUUGGUUGGGAUGUGUUGAGGACUGCGUUUGGUCCAACCUAG